AUCUCGUUCCGCCUUUCGGGUCGUUGUCCAUCAUGGCUACCCUCGAGGAAACCAAGAAGACCUCUGGGCUUAAGCGUACCGCCCUUGGUAUCGCCGUAGUGAUAGCCUUCCUUCUGGUCGCGUCCUUAGUGACGCUUGCCUGCCAGCUCACCAUCCUCAAGCGUCCACGAAACAUCAAAUUUCGACACGUACAGGAGCCCGAACCCACCGCAUCGCUUAUGUUUCCCGUCGUGGACCUGCAUCCCAUCAUCUCGGCGCUCCUGAAGGCCAACGUCAGCGUGCCCGUGGCACGGGUACCGCGGAUCAUGCCGCAGGUGAUGCCCGCAGCAUUCCAUGUCAGUCCUCAGCGCAAGACCACUGCGGGUGCCGUGGACAAAGAGGUUGUCAUCAUAUCCACUCCAGCCUGCGCUGCGGUUUGGGAUACCCACCGGCUCGAUUGUCAUGCUGACGGAGAAGCAACGGCCGAGACCUGCUAUAAAAGAGGUUGUUGUUACGACAAAACCAACAGCACCGAUGGACCUCUGGAACCAGGCCUAAUUCAACCGCCUGCCUGCUUCUACCCCACAAACUACGUUGGCUACAAGUUAGUAAGUCUGAUGGACACGCCGACAAGAACAGCAGCAACCUUUAAGCGAGUGACACCCUCUGGAAUACCUGGAGAUGUGAACGUUCUCCAAGUUCAAGUGAUCCGGUACGAUACAAAUAUAGUGCGUAUACGACUGGUUGACCCUAACGUCAGGAGGUACGAAGUUCCAUAUCCGAAUGUCCCCGAUCAAGAAAGACAACUCUUUGGAAUCUACGACGCGACAGUCACUCCUGAUGGAGAAAUACAAAUAGCCAGGAUAUCCUCCAGAAAGUUCGUCUUUCACACCAACGUGUCUACCCUAGUCUACACCAGUCAGUUCCUUCAGCUCACAACGCAAUUACCGUCGCGCUACGUGUAUGGCAUCGGUGACAGCAAGUCGCCUCUUCUCCGAAGCACAGAGUGGAACAAGAUAACCUUGUUCAACUUUGGACGCUCGCCCGCCGAAGGAAAGAACCUGUACGGGAGUCAUCCUUUCGUUCUCGUCCACGAAGAGACCGGCGAGACCUCGGGGAUCUUUCUUCUGAACAGUAACGCCAUGGAUGUGAUCCUUCAACCUAGUCCCGCUGUGACUUUCCGAACAACUGGCGGCAUUCUAGACUUGUUCGUUCUCCUGGGCCCAACUCCUGCGUCGGUCGUCCAGCAGUAUACAGCUAUAGUUGGCAGGCCUUUCAUGCCACCAUACUGGAGCCUCGGAUUUCACCUGAGUCGUUGGGGAUACGAGAGUAUCGAGGAAGUCUUUGAAGUCUGGAAGCGGAACGUAAAAGCAGGCGUUCCUAUCGAAGCCAUGUGGCUGGAUGAAGACUACAUGGACGAUCUUAGGCCUUUCUCAUACGAUCACACAAGGUUUCAGGGUCUGCCAGAAUAUGCCCGUGAACUUCAUAAACGCGAUACAAAGCUGGUCAUAACUCUCCAUCCAGGCAUCGACAGCACACGUGAGAGAGGAACAUAUCUUCCCUAUGAAGAAGGCGACAGACGUGACGUGUUCAUCCGAAUGGAUAACGGUAACUACAACUACGGCCGUCUUGGUAACAGGACUGGACUCGUAUUUCCAGACUUCACGCAUCCAGCCUCUCGACAGUAUUGGCGAGAUAUGCUUUCCUACUUCCACGACGCUGUUCCUUUCGAUGGAAUAGGCCUAGACCUCAACGAACCGUCGUCUUUUACGAACGAGUCUGAACGAAGGUGUCCUCCAGACAACAGCCUGGAACAUCCUCCAUUCCUACCAGGAGAUGGCCGUAUGCCGCUUCAUUACAAAACACUCUGCAUGAGCUCGAGACAGUACGUCUCACGUCACUAUGACGUGCAUAAUCUGUACGGUUACACGCAGGCCCUGCGAACGUACGACGGUCUCUCCCAGAUUAUGUUCCGCAGACCGUUCGUUGUGUCUCGUGCCAGUUUUGCUGGACAGGGCGCCUACUCCGGCCACUGGAGCGGAGACAUAGAGUCUGACUGGGAUUCCCUAAGAUAUUCCGUUGCAUCUAUGCUCACCUUCAAUAUGCUGGGAAUGCCGAUGACAGGAUCCGACAUUUGUGGUUUUUGGGAUAAUGUCACAGCAGAACUUUGUCAGCGAUGGCACGCUGUUGGUGCCUUUUACCCUUUCUCUCGCAACCACAAUGCUAAAGGAAGCAUGGACCAAGACCCCGCAGCUUGGGGCAUGCGAAUGUCCCAAUCGAUCCGACAGAUCAUUCGAAUCCGAUACAACUUCCUGCCUUAUCUGUAUACCCUCCUCUACAGAAGUCAUGCGUUCGGGGACACAGUUGCUCGCCCGCUGUUUUUCGAGUUUCCAAACGACGUGAACACGUUCGGCAUAGACACGCAAUUCCUCUGGGGAUCGUCUCUUCUCAUAUUACCCAUUUUGGAGCCAAAUACAACGGUCAUAAAACCGUACAUCCCACACGGUAUCUGGUACGAUACCCUCCUUGGUACCGCGUACCACAGCGCCUGUGAAGAUUUCGACGUAGCUCCGCACGCCGAUUUGGUGUGUCUUCUAAUCAGAGGAGGUUCUGUGAUACCCACCCAAGAAACUGCUCAGACAACUACGGCGAGUAGGUUGAAGCCUUUCAGUCUUCUAGUGGCUAUAGACAACGACAACGCCGCAACCGGAGAGAUGUAUUGGGACGACGGAGAGUCUUUGGGCUCGUACGAAAGAGGGGACUAUAGCCUCAUCAAAUUCGUCGUCCUCAAGGGUACACUGAUAGGGUACUGCGUCCAUUGCAAAUAUGAGGCUGUCAUGGUACUCAAUGGCGUAGUGCUCUAUGGUGCUGCAGAGAAACCAGCAGUUGUAAGCUUCAACGGUGAACCUGCAUACUUCAGCUACAGUCCAGCAGGACAAUUCGUAAAGGUGGUCAACCUUCACUACCAGAUCACCAGGGGAUUCAAGAUGACUUGGUCGAACUAG